AUGCAUCAAGAUGGUUCGGGUUCACACCGAUUUUCUCGUCCAGGAACUUUUCGAAGCCACUCAUCUAUCUCUACAAUCACGCCCCGACCUACCUUUGGUGUUGCUAGAUCUGCAUCUAUUAACCCCAAAAGACGGGGUUCACAAAGUUACUUAAAACGGAACCAAUCCCUAUACGAAAGGGGAGAGCCUGCUUAUGUUGAGAAACCUUUCCGAAUGGAAGAUAAGCCGGGGUUCCUUCCAGCUAGUUCUCGACCAGGGAGUAGCUUGGGUUUGUCUAUGCCUCGAACUUUGCGUGAUUCAGACGUCGUGGGGACAACUAGGGCGCCAGUACCUGGAAGAAGAUUCCCUGUUUCUUUGAGAAUGAAUCUUUUCGAUAAGGCUCGCUGGCUGGGACGACGAGUUUCUCAGCCUUUCCGUCGAUCCAAAGUACCACCUAAGAAUGUACCAACUCAGCAGGUUCAUUCUGAGACGAAACACUACGGGUUAACAGCCUACCAGAUGUCUUCUGGUUAUGCUGAAACCGAGGGCUCUCAAUAUGCAGAAACUGCUGUUCAUCAUCGUUUUUGGGAAAACCAGAGCUAUACGACCGGUCUUGACAACCAAGAAGAUUAUUUCACCCAUGCCCCGCCAUCAGAAGUCGAUGGCGUUGCCCCAAGUACACCAAUACGUAUGACAGUUGCAGAGCCAAUAAUUGAGGUCGAGGAGCCGCAGCCGCAGCCGGGACCGGUUCGAGAGGGGCAAAGAGGGUUUACACCGUUCACUCAUCCUACAGACCUUGGGGGUGUUGAUACAAGACGAGUUUACAGUGCGCUCAUGAAGACCCUGGCAGCGCAAUUCCGCAGCCAAAAUCCCGUCAAUGAGACUAUAACGGAAGAAACUGAGCCUCAAGAUGAAGAGCCCCGGCCGGGUCAACCCUCAAACGAAAAUGUUCGACCACCUAGUUCCAAAGUUUCAACGGAAAAGAGUCCGGAGAACCGCAAGCCUCUCUGUGAGAUUAUGCCUCGUACAAAUAAUACCAUUAGUGUCGUCGAAGAGGAGGAAGACACUGCGGCACCCCCUACGCCGAUUAUCAAUAUCGGGGUUAAGAGGAUUAGAUCUGAUGAUGCACUUUUUAGUCAGAUUGCCCAACAGCAUGAGGUUUGGCAAGAAGAGGCCACGGGAGGGAGUAGCAACGAAACCAUAGCAGUUACAGCGCUAAGACAAUUAAGCAUUUCGAAUGUUGAGAAAGAGAAGGAAGAUAUGACAGGGCAGGCGAGGUUCCGUACAACUAGUGGAGCGUUGCAGGAGAAUAUUCUGAAAGACGAGAAGGGGAUCGAAACUGAUGAGCACGAAAAGUUGAAGGAUGAUAGUAUGGAUCCGGUUUUUAUUUGA